GGGUUUGCCGAAACCGCGGGAACGCGCGGGAAAUGGCGCUCCAUUCCGAUCCCACCGCCGGCGGCGGAGGAGGAGCGAAGAGGCCGCGGUCGGAUGCGCCCGGGGAGGAGCGGGAGGAGGCGGCGGAGGCGUCCCCCAUCUCGGCUCUGCCGGACGAGCUGCGGCAGCGGGUCCUGACCCUCCUCCCGCUCAAGGACGCCAUCCGCACGGGGGCGCUCGCCCGCGGCUGGCGCGGCCUCUGGCGGACCCGCUGGGCGCACCGCUCCGCCGUCGAGGUCCACCUGGGCUCCCGCGAUGCGCCGGAGCGGGAGCUCGGCGCUCUGGAGAAGGAGCCGCACCCGCUCCGCCGCCUCCACCGCUUCUCCCUCACCGUGGAUACCUGCAAGUUCACGUCCUCGCACCUCCGGCGCUUCCUCGGCUACGCCGCCGAGUGCCGCGCCGAGGAGCUCCACGUCGAGAUGCGGACGGCCUCCAAGCUCAAGUUCCACCUGCCGCGCUCGAGCCCGCUCCUCGCGCGCCUCUCGCUCCGCCGCAUCGGCGUCGCCGGCAUGUACUACAGGGGCGCCCAGCCGCUCCGCGCCCUCGAGGUCGUCGCGCUCCACUCCGUCUCCAUCACCCAGGCCGCCGCCAAGAAGAUGCUGGCGCUGUGCCCCGGCCUCCGCACGCUCGACCUGCGCGCCUGCGACGCCGACAGCUUCUUCUACUGGGACAGGUCCGUGGUCUGGCCGCCGAACCUGAGGAGCGUCACCGUCGCGGAGUGCGACGGGAUGGCCACCCUGGACCUGGUGCGCGUGCCGAGCCUCCGCUCCUUCCGCUACAGCGGCAGCUUCCUCGACGCGCCCUUCUCCCUUCCGCCCGACGCCGCGCUUGCCGACCUCUACAUCUGCUUUGAAGAAUCCGUAGCAGCAGGCCACAACACCCGCCGCUUGAACAAUAGGCUACCAAAUGAUCUCUCUGACCUCAACGUUCUGACCAUCUGCAGCAAUGCCCUCCCGGCUGCGUUUUCCUUGUCUGAUGAUGGAGCAACUUGCCAAAGGAGCUUACACAGUUUGAGAGAGCUGCAGCUACUCAUGUUAGAAAUGAGGCCUUCCAACCUUGCUGACAUCUAUGUCUUUUUCAAGACUUUCCACUGCCCCAAUUUGGAAAAGCUCUUUGUGGAGCUCCCAGAUGAUCCCGAGGAAGGUUCACAUGAUGAGGUUGGGGAAGAGCCGCCGGAGGAUUGUUUAGACAAUGUUAAGAUAGUGAAGGUCGUGAACUUCAACUGGCACCACACCGAGGUGGAGCUUGUGAGCUUUUUGUUGAGGAAGGCUAGCUCCCUGCAGAAACUGCUACUAGUUUUUUCCAAGGCUGCUCAACUAGAUAUGCCUGGUGUACAUGGAGCAGACCUUUUGCUUAUCCAUGAAGCUUUGACCAAUGGCAAGAUCAUGCUUAGUGAAUCUGAUGAUGUGGCAACUCAGCCAUAUCAUUAUGAGGUCUUUCUCGAGGUUUAGUUAUCAAUCUACAGUCAAAUCAGAGACUCUUGGACUCUAGAUUCAACCUAUCGGGGCACUAUCCAUUUGUCUUAGUUUAUGAACCUCAUGUGAAGACAUAUUACCAGUAUUGUCUCCUGAACAUAUUUUCUUUAAUGUUACUAGUACCAUGUCAAUCAAAAUGCUUGGUGUUCCAAUGCAGGCUUAA